AUGAAUAUAAGGACUAAAAUUGAUCAAAUUAAAUUAAAGGUAGUAAAUCCAUAUCAUACUCAAAAUACAGCGUCUAACAUCAAAAUUUUACCAAAAUUAAACGUUUCCCCGACAAGUGUCAAUUCCUUCUCUCUUGAUAGCACCAAAUAUGAACAAUCAUCAUUGAAAACCAUCAUCUCCACUUGUUUCAAUAUUUUUUCACUAUUGGCCGACGUAGUUGUAUCUCCUCUUCUACAAGUAGUCUUUGAAAAAUUGGCCAACCCUUUAAUAAACGAGAUUGCCAACAGUCUUGGCCUCAAAAAAGAGGUAAAGAAGCUUCAAAGAAUCUUAUUUAUAAUUCAAGCAGUACUUGCAGAUGCUGAAGAACAACAAUUAACCAAUAAAGCUCUCACAAUUUGGUUAACUGAACUUAAAGAAGUUGCUUAUGAUAUGGAAGAUUUGCUUGAUGAAUUCUCUCUUCAAUCUAUUCAAUAUAGGGACCAUAGUACCAUUGCUCAACAGGUACGUUCUUUUAUACCUUCUUUGGUAAAAGCAGCUGAUUGUAUAGAUUUAUUACCCAGAUUAAAACAAAUCAAGGAGACAUUACAGGUUUUAGCUGAAGAAAUGUCUAGUUUCAAUUUGAGUAAUAAGGGUAUUAGAAAAAGAGGGGUAAGGCAAACUGGGUCUUUUAUAGUUGAAUCAGAGGUUUUUGGGAGAGAAAAGGAUAAAGUUAGGGUAAUAGAAGAAUUAUUAUCAAGCAAUAAUGGGUCUUUAAUGGGGGAUGUAUCAGUUGUUUCCAUUGUUGGUUUGGGUGGUAUUGGGAAGACAACACUUGCUCAAUUAGUGUAUAAUAAUCCCAUAGUGUGUGUUAAUGAUGAUUUUGAUGCUGGGAAAAUCAUGGUUUCCAUUAUAGAAUCUGUUAGUAAAAGCAGAUGUGAUGUUUUGGGGAUGGAUGUAUUGCAGCUUAGAUUACAAGAGUUGCUUCUCGGGAAGAGAUACUUGUUAGUGUUGGAUGAUAUUUGGAAUGAAGACGACGGGGAAUGGGAGAAUUUACGGAUGUCGUUGAGAAAUGGUGUGGAAGGGAGUAGAGUCGUCGUCACUACACGUAGUAAAAAAGUGGCAUUGAUAAUGGAAUCGGUGUACACACAUCAAUUGGAAGGUUUAUCAGAUGAUGAUUGUUGGGGUUUGUUCAAGCAACGAGCUUUUGGAAGUAACGGAAAGGAACAUCACAAUUUGUUUCCUAUCGGCAAGCAAAUUGUUAAGAAGUGUGGUGGUGUGCCUUUAGCUGCUAAGACUUUAGGAAGCUUAAUGCGAUUCAAACGAAACGAAAGAGAGUGGUUGAUUGUUCAAGAGAGUGAUCUUUGGGAUGUAUCCCAAACCGAAAAUGGAAUUUUACCGGUCUUAAGAUUGAGUUAUAGCCACUUACCAUCACAUUUGAAAGCUUGCUUCGCUUACUGUGCGAUAUUUCCUAGGAAUUACAUAAUAAAACGAGAGAAGUUAAUCCAGUUGUGGAUUGCAGCCGGUGUAAUUCAAUCACCGGAAGGAAGAAGGUCGUUAGAAUAUUUGGGAAAUGAAUAUUUCGAGGAUUUGGUAUGGAUGUUUUUCUUUCAAGACAUUCAAAGGAGUGGAAGUGGCUACAUAACAGAUUGCAAGAUGCAUGGUCUUAUUCAUGAUCUUGCACAGUCAAUAGUGGGACAUGAAUUCAAGAGGUUGGAGCAUGAUAAUAUGACAGAAGAUCUAUCUGAAGUUCGUCAUUCAACGGUGGUUUGUAAUUUCAACUUAUAUACAGUCCCGGAAGCUCUGUAUGCAGCAAAAAAGUUACGAUCGCUCCUCUUAUUGCUCCCAAAAGGUGACCUCGGAGAAGUUCCUAGUGAAAUUUUUUCAAGUUUUAGACAUUUGAGGGUCCUGGAUUUAAGUGGUAGUGGCAUAAAAAAGCUGCAUGAUUCGAUUUCUUCCACUAUAUUUUUGAGAUAUCUUGACAUCUCUAACACCCAUAUUGAAAAUUUGCCAGAAGGUAUCUGCAACCUUCGUAACUUGCAAGUGUUGAACCUUUCCGAUUGCUAUAAUCUCACUGCACUACCAUGUGAUAUAGUCAAAUUGUAUAAACUGAGACAUUUGAUGAUAAAUGGCUGUGAAAGACUCGUUACAAUGCCCCCUUGGAUAGGAAAACUCGAGUACCUUCGAACAUUGCAUACGUUUAUUGUGGGAAAUGGUGAAGGUCAACAUCUUAACCAGCUGCAAAAUCUAAACCUUGGUGGAGAGCUUAAUAUUAGACAGUUACAGAAUGUACGGGAUGCAACAGAGGCAAUGGAAGCUAACUUGAUCGGAAAACGAAACCUUCAGUCACUGAGUCUAUGUUGGGAAAGUGAUGUUAACAGUCUAAAUGACGGUAUUUCCAAUGAUGACUGGCUAGAAGUGCUCAACCACCUCCAACCACAUCAAUUUCUUGAAAAGUUGUCUAUCAGAGGGUACCAAGGAAUCUACUUGCCUAGAUGGAUGACUGUUCAGAAACCAAAUAUAAUCGAACUCAGGUUGAUUAGCUGCCAUAGAUGUAAAUAUCUCCCUUUGUUGGGACAGCUUCCCCUCCUUAAGGUCCUGUACUUGCAAGGAAUGGAAGCGGUGAAAAACAUUGGAGCUGAAUUCUACGGAGAAAGCAUGGGUAGACCAUUCCCUUCAUUAGAAGUGCUAACACUAAUAGAUUUCCCUUCUCUAGAAUUCUGGUGGGGUUUCAACAGGAGAGAAGAAUUCCCUUCUUUGGUCAAACUGACAAUCAAAAAAUGCUCCAAGUUGCAAAACAUGCCAUGGAUGCCAUUGCUUCAACAUCUGGAGCUGCACAGCUGCAACGAAAUGGUACUACGGUCAGCAUCUAACCUGACUUCUCUAAGCACCCUUGUGGUAGGUGAUUUUGUAGAGCCCUUGAUCUUCUUGGAGAAGCUGCUCCAAAACAAUCCUCUUCUCAUGUCUCUUAAGAUUAGUUCUUGUCCAAAACUUCACUCGAUCCCUCCAAGUUUAGAGAAACUCACCAGCCUGAAAUCAUUAGCAAUUUGCUGGUGCGAAGAGCUACAUUCAUUACCUCGAGGAUUGCAAAACCUUACCUCAUUGGAGUCCCUGGAGAUUAUUGAAUGUCCUAGUCUUGUUUCUUUGUCCGAGGAUAUACAAGGCCUGCGGUCCCUACGAUCAUUAUCAAUUGAGAUGUGCAGUAAUCUCAAGUCCUUACCAACAGAGUUGCAGUUCCUUACUGCCCUUGAGCACUUAACCAUAAUGUACUGUCCAAAUUUGGCUUCUCUACCCGACAGUUUCCAACAUCUAUCGAGCCUCAAGAGUGUAUCAAUUUUGAACUGUCCGGAGCUGAAUUGUCUCCCCGAUGGGUUGCAAUAUGUAUCUUCAAUGCAGAAUCUAGAAAUCCGAAGCUGCCCAGGUCUGCUCGCUCUGCCAGAAUGGAUAGCAGAACUACCCUCACUUAGAUCUUUGGCAUUACCAGAUUGUCAUAAUUUAAGUUCCCUUCCAAGUGGUCUGCAAUCUGUUGGUUCACUUCAGCAUUUGUCUAUUCUAGAAUGUCCAGCUCUGGAAGAGAGGUGCAGGAAGGAUAUUGGUGAAGAUUGGCCUAAAAUAAGCCAUGUUGCUCAUGUCUAUAUUGGAUCAAGAGAGUCCCAAGGCAGCUCAUCUCAUUAA